AUUCAUUCUCUACAACUCCUUAGAAGAAUUCAUACCCCAGGAUGUGGCAAUUAACCUUGGCUUUAAUCUUAGUUUUACUCUGCUUAUGGCUAAUGUGGAGGAAGAAACAAUUGUCCAUUUUCAAAUCUCUAAAUAUACCAGGUCCUGAACCAAAUAUCUUAUUUGGCAAUCUAUGGGAGUUCAGAAAGAAUCCUUAUGGCUGUCCUAAAAAGUGGAUUGAAAAUUAUGGAAAAGUAGUAGGAUAUUUCUAUGGUCUUCGACCAGUUCUUUUAGUGGCGGAUCCUGAAUUACUGAAAAUCAUACAACAAAAAGAAUUUCAUAAAUUUCCCAACAGAGCU